AUGCCUUCCGCAGAAACAGGGCCCAGAACCUUAUACGACAAGGUCUUUUCCUCUCACGUCGUCAACGAGCAGGACGAUGGCACUUGCUUGAUCUACAUCGACCGUCACUUGGUCCAUGAAGUGACCUCCCCACAAGCCUUCGAGGGCCUCAAAAAUGCGGGCCGCCCUGUCCGACGACCAGACUGCACCUUAGUCACUGUCGAUCAUAACAUCCCGACCACUUCACGAAAAAAUUUCAAAAAUGCCGCGGAUUUCAUUGAGGAGACCGACUCCCGUCUCCAAUGUACCACCCUCGAGGAAAACGUGAAGGACUUCGGCCUCACCUACUUUGGCAUGGGCGACAAGCGCCAGGGUAUUGUCCACAUCAUUGGACCAGAGCAGGGCUUCACCCUGCCCGGAACUACCGUCGUUUGCGGUGACAGCCACACCUCCACCCACGGAGCCUUUGGCGCCCUCGCAUUCGGUAUCGGAACCAGUGAAGUCGAGCACGUCCUCGCAACCCAAACCCUCCUCACCCGCCGAAGCAAGAACAUGCGUGUCCAGGUCAAUGGGGAGCUUGCUCCCGGUGUCACCAGUAAGGAUGUUGUUCUCCACAUCAUUGGUGUGAUCGGAACUGCCGGUGGUACUGGUGCCGUGAUUGAGUUCUGUGGAUCUGUCAUCCGCAAUCUCAGCAUGGAGGCUCGUAUGUCGAUCUGUAACAUGUCCAUUGAGGGUGGUGCUCGUGCUGGUAUGAUUGCCCCGGAUGAUACCACUUUCGAAUACCUCAAGGGCCGUCCUCUCGCCCCUAAGGAGGGCAGCGCCGAGUGGAACCGCGCUGUCAGCUACUGGUCCAGCCUGAAGUCUGAUGCGGAUGCUAAGUUCGACAUCGAUGUUCAACUGGAUGGCAGGGACAUUAUUCCCACCGUCUCCUGGGGUACAUCGCCCCAGGAUGUUGUCCCCAUCACCGGUGUCGUUCCUGGCCCUGAUGAUUUCGACGAUGAGAACCGUAAGGUCGCUUGCAAGCGUGCCUUGGAGUACAUGGGUCUCACCGCUGGGACUCCCAUGAAGGAAAUCCCCGUGGAUAAGGUGUUCAUUGGCUCUUGCACAAACGGUCGGAUUGAGGAUCUUCGGGCUGUCGCUAAGGUCGUCAAGGGCCGUAAGAUUGCUGCCAACAUCAAGCACGCCAUGAUUGUUCCUGGCUCCGGUCUAGUUAAGCAGAAGGCUGAGUCCGAGGGCCUCGAUAAGAUUUUCACCGAUGCCGGCUUCGAUUGGCGUGAGGCUGGGUGCUCCAUGUGUCUUGGAAUGAAUCCUGACAUUCUCUCUCCCAAGGAGCGCUGCGCCAGUACCUCCAACCGUAACUUUGAAGGCCGUCAAGGGGCUCAGGGUCGUACCCACCUGAUGUCUCCUGCUAUGGCUGCUACUGCCGCUAUUGUCGGCAAGCUUGCUGAUGUCCGUGAACACGUUUCUACCAGCCCCAUUCUAUCUAAGGUCCAGCCCAAGGUUGACGUUGCUGCCGAGGCGGUGGACUCUCCGGUCACUGAGGACGAGCUUGACCGCGUCCUUGACUUGCCCGCCGAUAACGAGCCACACGCCAACACUAGCGCUGGCAGCGGGGCCAGCGGUGGCACCGGAUUGCCUAAGUUCACUACCCUGAAGGGUAUCGCGGCCCCUCUGGACCGUUCCAACGUCGACACCGACGCAAUCAUCCCUAAGCAGUUCUUGAAGACCAUCAAGCGGACUGGUCUGGGAUCAGCAGCCUUCUACGAACUGCGCUUCCACCCCGACGGUACCGAGAACCCCGACUUCAUUCUGAACCAGGGUAUUUACCGCAACGCAAAGAUUCUCGUCGUGACCGGCCCCAACUUCGGCUGCGGUAGUUCACGUGAGCACGCUCCUUGGGCUCUUCUCGACUUUGGGAUCAAGUGCAUCAUUGCCCCGUCUUUCGCCGAUAUCUUCUUCAACAACACCUUCAAGAACGGCAUGCUUCCCAUCGUCAUUUCGGACGAGGCCGCUUUGAAGAAGAUUGCCGACGAGGCUCGUGCCGGUAACGAGGUUGAAGUCGACCUCGUGAACCAGGAAGUCAAGGAUGCUCAAGGCAACAAGAUCGUCGGGUUCGACGUUGAUGGAUUCCGCAAGCACUGCCUUGUCAAUGGUCUCGAUGACAUUGGUCUUACUCUCCAGAUGGAGGACAAGAUUCGUACCUUCGAGACCAAGCGCAGCCUCGAGACCCCUUGGUUAGAUGGCAGCGGAUAUCUCCGCCGUGGAAAACGAGGUGCUACCAUGGUCGAGGCUGCCCCUGUUCCCAAGACCAACCGUGGAGAUGUCAAGGGCGAGCCUCUGGAGUGGUAA